CUCCUCCCGCCCUUGAGGGCCCUGAUGGGGAGCCCGUGCCUCCGGCUCCUGGCUCCUAGGGCGGCGCCCAGAGCACAGUGUGGUUGCAGCUAUAGCGUCAGGCGCCCUUUGAGGUCAGGGCAGUACAGCACCAUCUCUGACGUCACUGUGCAAUCUGGAAGGGCCGCAGUGUCCCUUCCCUCAAGGGCUGCUGAGCGGGUGGUGGGCCGAUGGCUCCUGGUCUGCAGUGGAGCAGUGGCUGGAGCAGUUAUCCUUGGUGGAGUAACCAGGUUGACAGAGUCCGGCCUCUCCAUGGUAGACUGGCAUUUAAUAAAGGAGAUGAAGCCACCCACAAGCCAAGAGGAAUGGGAGGCAGAAUUCCACAGAUACCAGCAGUUUCCAGAAUUUAAAAUGCCUCGCGUACAUCCUGCCUGCUGCCUACUUCUGGAGAAAGGGCUGGCUCCGCCGUGGCAUGAAGGGGCGUGUUCUUGGCCUCUGUGGCUUAGUCUGCUUCCAGGGCCUGCUGGGAUGGUACAUGGUGAAGAGUGGCCUGGAGGAGAAGCCCGACUCCCACGACAUCCCCCGGGUCAGUCAGUACCGCCUGGCUGCCCACCUGGGAUCUGCCCUCGUGCUCUACUGCGCCAGCCUGUGGACCUCGCUCUCGCUGCUGCUCCCUCGGCACAGGCUGCCUGAGACCCGCCAGCUUCUGAGGCUGAGACGCUUUGCGCAUGGAGCAGCAGGGCUUGUGUUCCUCACCGCGCUCUCAGGGGCUUUUGUGGCAGGGCUGGAUGCUGGGCUUGUUUACAACUCCUUUCCCAAAAUGGGAGACUCCUGGAUCCCAGAGGACCUCCUUGCUUUCUCCCCUGUCCUGAGGAAUGUGUUUGAGAACCCCACCAUGGUGCAGUUUGACCACCGGGUCCUGGGAGUUACCUCCGUCACUGCCAUCACAGUGCUCUACUUCCUGUCCCGGAGAAUCCCCCUUCCUGGAAGGACCAGGAUGGCAGCAGUGACGCUGCUGGCCUUGGCGUACACACAGGUGGCCUUGGGCAUCAGCACUCUGCUCACAUACGUCCCGACGCCUCUGGCGGCCACUCACCAGGCAGGCUCCUUGGCUCUGCUCAGCGGAGCUCUUUGGCUCCUGAGUGAACUGCGGAGAGUCGCCAAGUAACUCAGAGGCUCCGCUUCCCAGGGCUGAACUGCUCUCGAGAGCUCGUCAGAGCACAGGGGCUCGUGCUUUUCUGCGAAGAUGACCUGGGCAGACCAGGGGGUUUCCAGACUGGUCAAGUUGUUUGAACUGCCUGCUUGCAACAGUCACUGGAUCAACAAUGGCAUUAAGCAACCGGGCGUGGUGGUGCACCACUGGGAGGUGGAGAGCAGCUCCACGGGAGGCUGAGAUGGGAUGCUCCCUUGAGGCAGGAGUUCGAGGCUGCAGUGAGCUGCUCCACCCUGAGCUACA